AAGAACAGAGAGAGAAAGAUCUGUUUUGAUUAAAUACAUCUCUUUCUCUCUUUUGUUUUCCUUUCAUAUUCUUUAUAAAAAUUAAUUAAAAAAUAUAAAAUUUGGUAUCGGAAUAAUGGGAAUAUGGGAAGCUUUUCUGAAUUGGCUCCGAAGCCUACUUUUCAAGCAAGAAAUGGAGCUUUCUUUGAUUGGGCUCCAGAAUGCUGGCAAAACUUCCCUUGUUAAUGUUGUUGCUACUGGCGGAUAUAGUGAGGACAUGAUCCCUACAGUAGGAUUUAAUAUGCGUAAGGUAACAAAAGGGAAUGUAACAAUAAAGUUGUGGGAUCUUGGAGGUCAACCCCGGUUUCGCAGUAUGUGGGAGAGAUACUGUCGUGCAGUUUCCGCCAUUGUUUAUGUCGUGGAUGCUGCAGACCAUGAUAAUUUGAGCACCUCAAAGGGUGAACUCCAUGAUCUGCUUAGCAAACCAGCAUUGAGUGGUAUUCCUGUGCUGGUUUUGGGCAACAAAAUUGACAAGGCUGGUGCCCUCUCGAAGGAAGCUUUGACUGAUCAGAUGGAUUUGAAGUCUAUCACAGAUAGAGAAGUUUGUUGCUAUAUGAUCUCCUGCAAGAACUCAACAAACAUAGAUUCAGUCAUCGAUUGGCUGGUGAAACAUUCAAAAUCAAAAAGUUAAGAACUUUUGGAUUAACUCUGGGAGAAAGAGGAUUGCAAUUUUCUUAUGCUGAUUUUGGGCUUAGUUUGCCAAGCUGAAUGUAGAAUAGAGGGAUGUUUGAGUGAGUUUGCAUAUCGGUGUGUCUCCUAUCAUAUACCUUAAAGUUUGUCUCAAGGCAUACUCUCUUUCUGAUGGUUGUAUUGUAUAUUUUUUUUUUUCAGCUAUAUUUAUUGAUAUUAUAAACGUUUUGUUUUAUCAAA